AUGAACAGUAUGUUUUCAGACCAGGUGAAGCAGGUUAUGCAACUCGCUCGCGAAGAAGCCGCGCGCCUGGGACACAAUUACAUCGGCACCGAGCAUUUGCUACUGGGUAUCAUACGUGGGGGCAAAAGUACGGCCGUUCAGGUGCUGACAAAUCUGAACUUAAAUCUCGAGAGUAUCAAGCAAUCCAUCGACGAUUUUGUCGCUUCUUCUGGCAGUUCAAUGACGAUGGGUGAAGUGCCUUUUACGCCCCGGGCAAAACAGAUUCUCGAAAUUGCUGCCAAUGAAGCGAAAGAAAUGAAGAGCCGAGUCGUGAGAACCAGCCAUCUGCUGUUGGCACUGUUGAAAGAUAAAGACGGGGUUGCCGCACAGAUUUUGGUCACGUUUGGCGUAGAUCACAAAACCGCCAAAGAGGAGGUGAUUGCCGUUUUGCAAGGAAAAUCUUCGGGUAGGCGCGAGAAAAGAAAGAGCAAAACGCCUUUCCUCGAUCAUUUCGGGCGCGAUUUAACCGAUCUGGCGCGGCAGGGCAAAUUGGAUCCAACCAUUGGUCGCGAUCGCGAAAUCGAACGGGUGUCACAGGUGCUUGCCAGACGCAAAAAGAAUAACCCGGUGCUUGUGGGCGAACCCGGCGUGGGUAAAACACAGAUCAUUGAGGGAUUGGCACAACGCAUUGUGGAUCGGCGGGUCCCACAAAUUUUGUUGGACAAGCGCGUGGUCACGCUCGAUAUGGGCGGCAUUGUCGCCGGCACAAAAUACCGCGGGCAAUUUGAGGAGCGCCUGAAAGCCGUGAUGAAUGAACUUCAACAAAGCCAGAGUGUGAUCAUUUUUAUCGAUGAGUUGCACACCAUUGUCGGUGCCGGCAGUGCCGAGGGCACGCUGGAUGCGUCCAAUAUGUUUAAGCCUUCACUUUCACGCGGCGAAUUGCAGUGCAUUGGUGCAACGACCUUAGACGAAUAUAGAAAAUAUAUUGAAAAAGGAUGGCGCACUCGAGCGGCGGUUCCAAACAAUUGUGGUCGAUGCCCCUUCGGUGGAUGA